AUGGAUGGAUCCUCAGAAUCUGCAGUGAGCUCUGCAGUUACUGUGGCAGUCGUAGAAGCACGGCCCAUCGCAGUGCAUGGGGCAGAGCAGCUUCAUUCCGCCACACCGCCCCCUCCCGCUGCACCGGGCGUACUCCCCCACCCUGUACAAGCUCGAGCUGUAGUUGUGACCGCCAUCCGCCCUGUCGUCUCUGCUUUCAUGCCUACUCCGUCUUCUCCUGCCUGCACCACCGCCUCCUCCUCCUCGUCCUUCGCUGCCACCCGAGCUGCCACCGCCACCACCUCCUCCGCCUCCGCCACCACCACUUUCGUUGCCCCAUCCCCAUCCAUAACCCCAACCCCAACCCCAAGUACUACCAGCUCCACCUUCUCCGCCGCCGCCACCAUUACCACCACCACCCCCUCCCCCUCCCCCUCCCCCACCUUUACCGCCGCCGCCGCCAUUACCACCACCUCCUCCUCCUCCCCCUCCCCCUCCACCUCUCCCACCUUUGCCGCUGCCGUUACCAUUACCAUCCGUCAACCAUUGCCUGCGCUCGUAGACGUCGCCCGGAGUAACGUUGACAUCUCUCUUACUGAGCUGCGCGGGUUGCAAUUCAUUGCGUGGCGACGGAAGGUCACUCGCGAAGCAAAUCAUGAUGGUGGAGACUGCGGCGGAAGCAAGACACAAGAAUCCCUGCCAUGGAUUCCUUCUCGUUCUUCUUCCUCCUCCUCCACCUCCACCUCCUGA